UCUUAUCCUCCAGCCGUCCAACUCCGUAAUUCCUUCUUUCUCCCACCAAACAAAACCCACAAGCGAUUUGUUUUUUUAUUGUUUGUGCGUGUAUAUAUGUGUCCAUAGAGAGAGAGAGAGAGAGAGAGAGAGAGUCAAAUUUUCUAACAGUGGCAUCACCCUCUUCCAAAGAACCAUCCUAAUUCUCUUCUAGCAUCCAGCGUAGACAUACUUUGAUGGCUGCAGAGCCGAGCUCAUCAUCCUCUUCAUCAUCUAACCUAAAAAUUAUUGUCCAGAGAAACCCUUCCGAAUCUCAACUAUCUGAACUGGGCAUCAAGUCCUGGCCCAAAUGGGGAUGCUCUCCGGGGAAGUACCAACUGAAGUUCGACGCAGAGGAGACGUGUUAUCUUCUAAGAGGGAAGGUUAAAGUGUACCCAAAAGGGUCGCCGGAGGUGGUGGAGUUCGGGGCCGGCGAUCUGGUGAUAAUCCCAAAGGGUCUCAGCUGCACUUGGGACGUCUCCGUUGCCGUCGACAAACACUACAAGUUUGACUCGUCUUCACCUAAUUCUUCAUCGCCAUCUUGACUACUUUUUAUAUAUAAUUUCUUCUUAUAAUUAGCAGAAGAAGAGAGAGAGAGAGAGAGAGAGAGAGGGAAUGGAAGAAGAGAUACAGAUGAAGAUGUAUAUUUUUCAUUUAAUUUAUGGACUUUCAGUUCAUCUUCUCUUCGACAUCUCCCAAUUGUAUGGGUUGGACUUUGGGGGGUGUUCGUUUCUCCUCUCUUCAUAUUAUUAUUAUUAUUAUUAUUAUUAUUAUUAUUGUUA